AUGCUUUCUUCAGCUGCUGCAAGGUACUCCUCCUCCACCAAAUUUCCUGUCUUUGCUACUUAUAACUUCCUUCACUCCUUCUCUUGUUGCCUCACUCGCAAAUAUUAUCUUCAUUCCCACUCCCCAAAACCCAACAACAUCAGCGACGCUGUUGAUACAGUCACUCGCCUGCUCCACAUGCGUCCCCCUCCCUCUAGAAAAUAUAUCAAUGAGAUUUUGGGGUCUAUAGUGAAGAUGAAACAUUAUCCCCUGGUUAUCUCACUUCUUGCACAAGCCGAGUUGGAGGGCUACGCGCCAGAUUUAUUUAACCUGAGCGUCUUGAUCAAUUGUCAGUGCCACGUCGGUCAGAUGGAUCUUGCUUUCUCUCUGUUGGGGAAAAUUUUCAAGAUGGGCUAUCAACCAAACGCAGUAGUUUUGACUACACUAAUAAAAGGACUCUGUUUUAAUCAAAAUGUUGGCAAAGCUCUAGAUUUCUACGAUGAAAUAAUGGCAAAAGGAUUGAAGUUAGAUGAAGUUAGUUAUGGAACAUUAGCAAACGGGCUGUGUAAAAUGGGGAAAACAACAUCUGCUCUUAAAUUGCUUAAAGUAAUGGGGAGGCAUCUUGUUAAGCCCAACACAGUUAUAUACAACACAAUCAUUGUUGCGCUUUGUAAAGAAGGACUUGUUAAUGAUGCACACAAUCUGUAUUUUGAAAUGACUGAUCAUGGGGUACCUCCAAAUGUUUUUAUUUAUAAUAGUCUAAUCCAUGGCCUUUGUCGGAUGGAUCAAUGGCAGCAAGCAAAUCAAUUACUCAAUGAAAUGGUAUCGAAAGGCAUACAACCAGAUGUUUAUACCUUCAACAUUAUUGUUGAUGCAUUAUGUAAAGACGGGAGGAUUGUACAAGCUCAAGCUGUCUUUGCUAGGAUGGUGAAGAGUGAUCGGAGACCUAAUGUUGUUACAUAUAAUGCUUUGAUGGAUGGACAUUUUUUGACCAAUAAUAUCAUUGAGGCUAAGGAAGUUUUUAACAAGAUGAUUGAAAAUGGUUUGGCACCUGACAUUGUUAGUUAUGGCAUUUUGAUCAACGCAUGCUUUAAGAUGAAAAUGGUGGAUGAAGCGAUGGAUCUUUUUAAGGAACUGGAUUCCAGAAAUUUGGUUCCUAGCGUUGUAACUUAUAAUUCUGUUAUUGAUGGGUUGCUCAAAUCACGAAGAAUCUCAUGCGCACAGUAUAUUAUCUAUGAGAUGCAUGAUAGGGGCCUUCGCCCUAACGUAAGCACGUAUAACAUCUUGUUAAAUGCAUUUUGCAAAACGGGACAUAUUGACAAGGCAAUUACAUUAUUUAGGCAAAUUGUCAAUCAAGGAUUUCGGCCUGAUGUGAAGACCUACACUAUACUUAUUGAUGGUUUGUGCAAAGGUGAUAGAUUAAAUGAUGCAUGGGACGCUUUUCAGCACCUUUUGGCUAAAGGUUAUCAACUAAAUGUGCGUACCUAUGCUGCUAUGGUUCAUGGACUUUGCAAAGAGGGUUUUCUUGAUGAAGCCGUGGCCUUGCUUGAUAGAAUGGAAGAGAACAAUUGCCUCCCUGAUUCCAUAACUCUCAACAUUGUUAUUCCAUAUCUUCUUGAAAACAAUGAGAAUGACAAGGCAGAUAAGGUUCUCAGUAGAAUGAUUGAUGGAGGCUGGCUGUUAACAAUCCGAGAAGACGUGCUUGACAACCUCGGCAGUGCUCAUGAUAACUCAUUCUGUGGGAUGCCAGGAGCAUUGUUGAAGUUGUUAACCACUCUUCUCGGGUUGUCAACAGCCACUUUGAGGUUAUACUCCUCCUUCAAUCUGAUCCCAAAUAUGCUUUCUUCAGCUGCUGCAAGGUACUCCUUCUCCACCAAAUUUCCUGUCUUUGCUACUUAUAACUUCCUUCACUCCUCUUGUUGCCUCACUCGCAAAUAUUAUCUUCAUUCCCACUCCCCAAAACCCAACAACAUCAGCGACGCUGUUGAUACAGUCACUCGCCUGCUCCACAUGCCGCCCCCUCCCUCUAGAAGCCAUAUCAAUAAGAUUUUAGGGUCUAUAGUGAAGAUGAAACAUUAUCCCCAGGUUAUCUCACUUUUAGCACAAGCCGAGUUGGAGGGCCUCGCACCAGAUUUAUUUAACCUGAGCAUCUUGAUCAAUUGUUACUGCCACGUUAGUCAGAUGGAUUUUGCUUACUCUACAUUCGGGAAAAUUUUCAAAAUGGGCUAUCAACCAGACGCUGUAGUUUUGACUACACUAAUAAAAGGACUCUGUUUUAAUCAAAAUGUUGGCAAAGCUCUAGAUUUCUACGAUGAAAUAAUGGCAAAAGGAUUGAAGUUAGAUGAAGUUAGUUAUGGAACAUUAGCAAACGGGCUGUGUAAAUUGGGGAAAACAACAUCUGCUCUUAAAUUGCUUCAAGUAAUGGGGAGGCAUCUUGUUAAGCCCAACACAGUUAUAUACAACACAAUCAUUGUUGCGCUUUGUAAAGAAGGACUUGUUAAUGAUGCACACAAUCUGUAUUUUGAAAUGACUGAUCAUGGGGUACCUCCAAAUGUUGUUAUUUAUAAUAGUCUAAUCCAUGGCUUUUGUCGGAUGGAUCAAUGGCAGCAAGCAAAUCAAUUACUCAAUGAAAUGAUAUCGAAAGGCAUACAACCAGAUGUUUAUACCUUCAACAUUAUUGUUGAUGCAUUAUGUAAAGACGGGAGGAUUGUACAAGCUCAAGCUGUAUUUGCUAGGAUGGUGAAGAGUGAUCGGAGACCUGAUGUUGUUACAUAUAAUGCUUUGAUGGAUGGACAUUUUUUGACCAAUAAUAUCAUUGAGGCUAAGGAAGUUUUUAACAAGAUGAUUGAAAAUGGUUUGGCACCUGACAUUGUUAGUUAUAGCAUUUUGAUCAACGCAUGCUUUAAGAUGAAAAUGGUGGAUGAAGCGAUGGAUCUUUUUAAGGAACUGGAUUCCAGAAAUUUGGUUCCUAGCGUUGUAACUUAUAAUUCUGUUAUUGAUGGGUUGCUCAAAUCACGAAGAAUCUCAUGCGCACAGUAUAUUAUCUAUGAGAUGCAUGAUAGGGGCCUUCGCCCUAACGUAAGCACGUAUAACAUCUUGUUACAUGCAUUUUGCAAAAUGGGACAUAUUGACAAGGCAAUUACAUUAUUUAGGCAAAUUGUCAAUCAAGGAUUUCGGCCUGAUGUGAAGACCUACACUAUACUUAUUGAUGGUUUGUGCAAAGGUGAUAGAUUAAAUGAUGCAUGGGACGCUUUUCAGCACCUUUUGGCUAAAGGUUAUCAACUAAAUGUGCGUACCUAUGCUGCUAUGGUUCAUGGACUUUGCAAAGAGGGUUUUCUUGAUGAAGCCGUGGCCUUGCUUGAUAGAAUGGAAGAGAACAAUUGCCUCCCUGAUUCCAUAACUCUCAACAUUGUUAUUCCAUAUCUUCUUGAAAACAAUGAGAAUGACAAGGCAGAUAAGGUUCUCAGUAGAAUGAUUGAUCGAGGCGUGCUGAAGAAAUAAAACAAGGUGAGAUCUACUGCACCUCAAAUUC